AUGCCACGCUUUAUGGUUGAGGAUGCAUUGCAUGAUGAUGAUGAUGAUGAUGAUGAUGAUGUGGAGCCCGCCACGAUAGCUAAUGAUAGUGACGAUAAGACACCACGGACAACUCCAGCUGUGGGUGGGGGAGCAUCUAGUUCAGGCACUAAUCAGUAUCUCCUACACUUCUCUGCUCUGGACUUGGAUGCCAUGGCACCUCAGGGGGAUCGGAGUGUACCUGUUGGCUUUAGGGAAAAAGACACAGAAAAUGUAGGAGUUGUAUCUGAAUUUCAGUGCAAGGUGUUCGGCAGCGGGUGCACAUGGCUCAUAUGGGUUAGCCUCCGCCAGCACAAAGGUAUUUGGGAGGUAAAACGGUACAAUGGUUCUCAUACUUGUCUAGCCACAUCGAUAUCUAGUGAUUACAGAAAGUUUGAUUAUCAUGUUAUAUCGGCCUUCAUACUACCCAUGAUUAGAGCUGAUACUGCCACGACGAUCAAGGUACUACAGAAUGCUACAGAGGCACACUUCAGCUUCAAGCCAACGUACAGGAGGGUUUGGAUGGCCAAACAGAAAGUUGUGUUACAAAUUUAUGGAGAUUGGAAAGAGUCGUACAAUGACUUGCCACAAUGGGUAUUGGGUGUGCAGAUCACUAUGCCAGGUAGUGUAGCUGUGUUGAAGACGAGUCCUGUUCGAGUUGGUGGGCAAGUGGAUGACUCUGCAGCUUAUUUCCAUCGUCUGUUUUGGACAUUCUCACAGUGUGUUGAGGCAUUUUGA